GGGCCGAAUCCCAAACGGUCUGCUCCUGCUGCCGCCGGGGUCUGGAGCCGGGCCUGGGGGCGCGGCGCCGUCCUGCGGCCUCCCCCGCUCCCCGCCACCUCUGCGGCCUCGCUGCGCCCCGGCCGGCCGCGCUCCUCCUCUCCCCCGGCCCGCUCCGCCAUCCCGCUCCCUUCGGCCGGGCCCAUCGCGCCCCUCCGAGCCCAGCUCGGGCCCCCUCUCGGCCAGGCCCGCUGCCCCCCUCAGCCCCGCCGCUACCCGGGGCCCCCUCGGCCGAACCAUGUCGCUGCACGGGAAGCGGAAGGAGAUCUACAAAUAUGAGGCGCCCUGGACCGUGUACGCCAUGAACUGGAGCGUCCGGCCGGACAAGCGGUUCCGUCUGGCGCUGGGCAGCUUCGUGGAGGAGUAUAACAACAAGGUGCAGCUUGUUGGUUUGGAUGAAGAGAGCUCGGAAUUCAUUUGCAGGAACACCUUUGAUCACCCCUACCCUACCACAAAGCUUAUGUGGAUCCCAGACACCAAGGGAGUUUAUCCAGACCUGUUGGCAACCAGUGGUGACUAUCUGCGAGUGUGGAGAGUGGGUGAAACAGAGACCCGGCUGGAGUGUUUGCUGAACAAUAACAAGAACUCUGACUUCUGUGCUCCGCUAACAUCGUUUGACUGGAAUGAAGUGGAUCCUUACCUUCUAGGUACCUCUAGUAUUGACACAACCUGCACUAUUUGGGGUCUGGAGACAGGACAGGUUCUGGGAAGAGUAAAUCUGGUCUCUGGCCACGUGAAGACCCAGCUUAUUGCGCAUGACAAAGAGGUGUAUGACAUCGCGUUUAGCCGUGCAGGUGGUGGGAGAGAUAUGUUCGCUUCAGUUGGUGCAGAUGGCUCGGUGAGGAUGUUUGAUCUCCGUCAUCUGGAACACAGCACCAUAAUUUAUGAGGACCCACAGCACCAUCCAUUGCUGCGUCUCUGCUGGAAUAAGCAGGAUCCCAACUAUCUUGCUACAAUGGCCAUGGACGGCAUGGAGGUUGUGAUUCUAGAUGUCAGAGUUCCCUGCACUCCUGUUGCCAGGUUAAACAACCACAGAGCAUGUGUAAAUGGAAUUGCUUGGGCACCUCAUUCUUCCUGCCACAUUUGUACAGCAGCGGAUGACCAUCAGGCUCUCAUCUGGGAUAUCCAGCAAAUGCCUCGUGCCAUUGAGGACCCUAUCUUGGCCUAUACAGCAGAGGGAGAAAUCAACAAUGUACAGUGGGCAUCAACUCAGCCAGACUGGAUAGCUAUCUGCUACAACAACUGCCUGGAGAUUUUGAGAGUGUAACAUUACUGCUUCAUGCCACGUUGAGGCAGGGCUGUAUAAUUUCCCCUCCCCUCUAAAGUAAGAGCAACACAAGUCAAGUGGCCAGUAUCUGUUGUUGCUUUCCAUCUACUGUUACAAGGAACUGUUGCAAGAAUCCAUGGCAGGUGUCUCCUGUCUCUCCAAGACUAAAAUGCAGAGACACGCUGAGCCUCUUGGACCUUCUGGGUUCUGGUUUUCUUUUCUUUUUUUUUUUCCCCCCCCCCUCAGUUAAAUUUCUGUAUAUUUGUUUGUUGACUGUAUUAAUAAGCUUGCAGGCUUUUAAGUUGCUGCAUAUGUCCAUGUGUUUGUCAGCCAGCUGAGGCAGCACAUCCAACUAAUUUAAUAGAUGCAAGUGCAAAACAAGGUGGGGGAAGAGACACUGGUGUUAACAGCCGCCUUGGCAGGAGGAAUCUUUAUCAUUCCUGUUGUUGCUGCCUCUAAACUGUUUAAACAUUUGUAUGUUUUUUAUAUAUUGGGCUAACUUUCUAUUGAGUAAGGUUUUUCUCCCUGAUUCUUACUUUUGAUAUGUGAUCCACUUCCAUAUGCCCAAAGCAAGAUCUAUUCAUUGAUACAAAUCACAGUAACGCUGCAGGCUCCCUGGCAGUAAAGGUCUGCCAGAAUUAACUGUUGCCUUGGCGCUCUAUACCUGGUUGCCUGGGCAGAAUUUUCUGGUGCUGUGAAGUACAAGUACUUGUUGCACAAUUUCUUUACACUUUUCUGAUGCUAGAGGCAGUUGUUACUAUGGUAGGUCUUAUUUUUAAAUUAUAACUGAAUUUUUGUGUAUCCCACAGUUGUGAUAGCUAACAGAACGGUAAUAGGUUUCAGAAGGAAGGUACAUGCAUGACUUAAGCUCCCAGGAGGUAAACGACUCCUGAAAAAAUGUGAUUUGUAACGGACUUGGGAUUGACACUUCCAAUCAAACAAUUUCCCCUCAGAAGACUUACUAUCUUAAAUGAAAAUAAAAUGGUUUCACACUUUGUAGCUUGCUUGAUUGGCAAAUAAUAUGAGCAAGAUUUUGUGGUUAGCCUGCACCUUGGAGCUGCCUUGCGUUUGGCCUGUGUUCCUGGGAGUUCUUGAAAGGAGUGCAAAGCAAUCUUUUUUCCCGAAGUGUAUUUGCUUUGUACUGUCAGGUCUUGUUGAAUGAGCAAGAUGAGUUGGAAAAGCUGGUCCACUAUCCAAAUGAAAGCUGUUUCUCUACAAGAAAUUACUCCCUAAUGUAAUGCAGAAAGAUGGGUUUAAGAGGAAAAGAAACCAUGCCAUAGAGGCUAAGGUUUGGCACUUGUCAUCCUCGUAUCUUUUGGAGAUGUGCCCAAGGGCUUCUGUUUCUGUUUUGAAUAGUGGAUCACUCUACAGUAAUACUUUUCAAUCAAAGCUGAGUGGAUUAGGCAAGGUAAAAAUCUUUGUUGAUAACACAGCAACGCAGAUGAAUGUUCUGCAGUACUCUCCCAAUGAAAAGUAACAUGAGAAACAUAGCUGGUCUGGAAGGGUAUACCAGCUGAUGUAAAUGUCAGAAACUAUCCAAAUUGUCUUUCCAACUAAUGAGUAUUCACCUGCAACUGGAGGCAGCAUUAUAACUAGUAGGACACUGAAUCAGUGUCAGUUUAUGCAGGAAAGGCAAGUUGGGAAAAGCGAUUGCUGUGAAACAGUGAAGCUGACACUGAAAGUGCUGUCAAAUACAGAACAGAAUUUGAAAAGUUUUGUUAUUCUGGACAUACAGAAAUAUUCUUCUACAGGCUGCUUCUCAACAUGGAGCUCGGAAAAGCACUGCCUUGUGAAUUUGAUAGGAAUUCAUUAGGGACAGCUUUAUUCCAUCACCCCUUUUAAUAUCAGAGAACCAAGAGACUUCUUAACACAGUUCAAGCUCACGUUUUGUCAAUGACAUUCUGUGUUCAGUUGUGGGAUCUUUGACAAAGCUUGAUUUGACUUGGAGGUCAUUCUUUCUUCUUAGUGGCAGAGCUGAGAGUAGUGUGUUCCACAGACAGAUUUGGUCUAGGUGUCCGAACAGUGUUAGCCAAACAAUUAAGUUAUCACUUUUUACAACAGCACUUCAUCUUAAACUGGAAAAUACUGACGCAGAAUGAAGUGAAAAUUAGGAUUUUCUUGGCAGAAGCAUAUAAUGGCAUUCACAGCUUUCGAUACUCAUAUAAAAUACGUGCACAGGCUUGUCGUGUACUGUUUAAUUACAAAUGGUAGGCAUAAUAUGCUGUGUUACUAAGAGGGAACUACCUGUAAUAUUAGUACUUUCUGUAGUCCCCUUCAUGCUUCAAAGUCUCAUUCUUGUAUAGAUGGUAGGAGGAAAAGGUGAAUGCAUCUGUUGCUUAGCUUAAAAAUGCAUCUUUUGCAACGGUAGAAUUGUGCUUUAAAAAAGACAUAAGAUAAUUUAGUUGAAAAUGAAGUCACUAAAAGACUCCAUAGGCAAAUGCAGUUUAUUCCUAGAGGAAUACAAUCUGUUACACUAAGAAGAUGAGGAGAGAGCAUGUAUAAAGGAGCCGAUAGUCUGGAUAGCCAGGCAGCUUUUGCUACUCUUGGAAAACAGUCCUGUUACAAACCUGAAGAGAAUCCGGUGUCGGUCCUUCCAUCCAUAAAACUGCUUCAAGUUCACUUGUGGAGUUGGGUGCUCAUUCCAAACUCAUCAAAGGCAAGUGAAAGAAUCUUGUAGGCUCCAGUGGAUUCUAAAUAAAGCCUGUAUCUGUUUGUUUAGCCAGUUGGGGUACAUUCUGGAUCUACAGCAUAUUGCUUUGGGCAUAAUCCAUUGUCAUUCUUUAUAUGAAAUUACAUUUGAAAUCACCAGAGGCUGUUUUGGAAGAGGGAAAUGUUACUUAAAAUAGCUUCUUUUCAAAGAAGUCACUUGAAAGGUUAAUGACUGAAAAGACAUGAAAAUCCUCAUGGGUGAGAUGUUCUGUAGUGCAAAUGGCACUUCCAUAUAGAGACGGAAGUGAGAGACUUUGGUGCACUUUUGCCAGCACCUGCUGACACAGUGGCAGGGAGCUAACUGUCUACUUGCUGGUUCAAGUUUAUUUGCAAGAUAAAACAAAAUCCUGAGACUUGUCACUGUAGCCUGUGAAUCAGAAGAUAGAGUUUUUAUCUCAUUUCACCCACUUAACAUUCAGUUAUGUUGGGUGUAAAGCCCCCAUAAGCAUUAUUUUUUUCUGAAGUUUAUGAAAACAAAUACUUUGAUAUUUGAUCUCAAUUAUUUUGUGCUUACUGCACAAGCAGAGGAUGUGGGGCAACUGCUUUCAAAUACCUCCUAUCCCUCGAGUAUAAAGUAACGUUAUGGGAAAAGUCUGAGCAUCAGUGAGGUUAGCAAAGCAGAAAAUCACAUGCUAUUGUUGGUACAGGCAAGACUGAUUCUGGGACAGAAAUAUUUUUCUCUGGCUUAAGUAGUUCUGUAUCACUUCUUCAGUCGAUGAAUUCAAGAUACUAAGCUAUUGUUUGGUUGUUAUUUUCUGUUUAAACCAAGCUUUCUGUAGAUUCCUACUAUUAUGUGGACAGCCCUGUUGCUAGUAUCUUGGCUCUCAACCAUGAGAUCUUGAUCAUGUAAAGCUUGUUAGUGAGGUGAAAACCUACAGAAUGCAAGUUGGGUGUCAAAUCAGUGUGUAGUAUGCCAAGUCUGUUAAUUGUCUAAAUGAAAUGGGCUGUGGUAGGUUGCAUCUAUGGGAAUUGUACUUCUGUGUGCAGGGAUUUAAAAGGCAAGGAUUUGAGUGCUUUGACAAUCUUUUUAGAAAAACACAGUGGUUUCAAAGAAUGAUAUGAAAGGAGACUGAUAAUACAGGUUGUUCCUUAUGGAACCUUGAAAUGUACUUAAAGGGGGAGGCAUUGCCUCUCAUAAGUCGAAGUUAAUGAUCCUUUCAAAACUUUGCUGUAAUUACUCUCCUGAAUGUUCUGGAUAAUAGUAAAAAGAUAUUUUUGCCUGGUGUUGCAAUGAGAAAGCUGCAUCAGGCUUGACUGUAGAUCACUGCCUGCCAGAGACUAGGUGAGGGGAGGAGUCUGAUAUAUUGGAAUUCACAGAUGCUUUUGUGCUUGUUUUAAAUGUAAAUGAAGAAAGCUGAGUGUGUCUGUUUUGUUCUCUUGCAGAUGGCACUUUAACAAGUACAUUUUUGGUAAGACUAGGGGGAGAGUCAUCUUUUCCUCAGCCCUUUUAUGGUAGGCAUUUGUCUGUGUUUUGUAUAAAAUGUUAAAUACAGCGGUCACUGAAAUCCUGAACUGGCUACGGUUGUCAGUUGGCACCCUCAUCUGUUUCUACUGAACACCAAAAACGUGAGCACUUGACAAUACUGUUAAUGUUAAACUGAAGUUCUGUAUUCUGAGACUGAUGCAAUCUUGCAAGGCCAACCCGAAUAACAUAGUGCUGCUUGUCAGCCAGAGUCUCCUUUUUGCUUCGCUUAGGAACUCGACGGUGUUUGGGAAUCCUCUUUUCUACCAUCUGAACACAAUGGCAGUAGCAGCAGGUUGGUUGUGUAAAGACGUAGCUGGAUUCUUUGGAUAACUUAUUUUUGUGAUAGAAAAAACCACAGCUGCUAUCUGUAAAUUCACACAACCUAAAUUCAUGAACUUGUCAGUUCCUUAGUUAGAUAGCGGUGGUUUAACUCUUUCAGGACAUAC